CGGGCUUAUCACACAUACAGGCAUAUAUAUAUACACACACACAUACAUAUAUAUAUAUGUGUACAUACACAAGUGUUUUGCAAGAUUUGUAAAACAGAGAUACGAUAGUCCUGCCGCCAAAACAUCAUCGACAAUGCUUAGUUUUGAGUUGACUGGGUUGGUGAAUAUUCGUUGAAUUUUUAUUUCAUUGCAGAACGUAUAUUCGACGUGCAUUAUUAGCAUUAGCGAUAAUGGGUUGACUGCAAAUAUACCUCCUGGAAGUUGACUAUGUUUUUUAUGCCUAGCUAAUAGACUCUGUGGGAGGGAGCGCUCCCGUGUAACUUAUUCUUCUACCAGCGGCCAGCUUGCACAUCAACCACAUAUAGCUUUACAAUUAGCAGUAAUUCUUCAAGUAUAUGUAUGUAAUAUACACGUUUCGCUUUUGGGGCCACAGUUACAUUUUGUAUUAUUGGACUGGGCGUUCGCAACAAUAGGUCCUUGAAUCGGAAUGGCUGAAAGAGGCGCUUCCAAUGCAAUUUUCACGUGGUCCCUCUCCAGUUGUCCUUCUAGAAGAAGUCAUAUUUUUCUCGUGUACUCUCACAGCAGACAGCAAUUAGCUCCCACUUUUACCUACUACAGUAGGAUAAGCGUUGAGCAGGCGCAUGUAUGUUUACAUAAAAGUAAACAUACCAAUAACUUUUUGUGGACCAUGAAUCAGCAUAAGUUAAAUAAACUUGGGCCUGCGGUCCGGAUCGGCGGAAAGGGCGUACCCCGACGCAAGAAGAAGGUUGUUCACCGUACUGCCAAUAAUGAGGAGAAGAAGCUACUAAGUGCACUGAAAAAGCUUUCUGUGAACAACAUUCCCGGAAUCGAAGAGGUGAAUGUCAUCAAAGACGACGGUAGCGUCAUCCACUUUAACAAUCCAAAGGUUCAGGCGUCGUUAGCGCACAACACGUUUGCGAUUAUAGGACGAGGCGAGGAGCGCUGCAUUACCGAAAUGCUGCCGAACAUCUUGCCACAGCUUGGUCCUGAGUCACUUGUGCACCUCAAGGACCUCGCAACCGCGCAGAGCGGUAGCGAUAAGGACGUGAAAGACAAGCAGAUCAAGGAUGCUGAGGGUGAUGAUGACGUCCCCGAUCUCGUCGAUAACUUCGAUGAGCCCUCGAAGGCCGAGGCCGUUACAGCCUAAUGUGUGUAUGAAUGGUAUACAAUAAACAAUUUGUUACCAAAAACCC